GUCAUAUAGUUUUUGGUGUUCUUGUUCGCUCGUAUAGUUAUCACUUGACUGAAAAAAUGGUGAAAGCAAAAGUUUAUAAAUAUGUUAAAGAGUUCGAAGGUACACCAAAAAAAUCCGACUUCAAAGUUAUAGAAGAGGAAUUGCCUGAACUUAAAAAUGGAGAAUUUCUGGCGGAAGCUACUUACCUUAGUGUUGACCCUUAUAUGAGAGCACAUCCCGAUGCUGUAGGUGAAACAAUGGUGGGAACACAAGUGGCUAAAGUAAUUAAAAGCAAAAACCCGAAGUUUCCAGUGGGCAAGCUCGUCGUAGGUGGAUUCGGUUGGAGGUCCCAUACCAUUUCUAAUGGAGAUGAAGAGGCUUUCCUAGGAAAACCCUACGUCCUUCCAGAUAUAGGUGAUCUCUCACCAUCAUUGGCACUUGGUGUGCUGGGAAUGCCUGGAAACACAGCUUACUUUGGUUUACUGGAACUGGGUAAGCCUAAGUCUGGAGAAACAGUGGUCGUUUCUGGAGCAGCUGGUGCUGUAGGCAGUAUUGCAGGCCAAAUAGCCAAAAUUAAAGGCUGCAAUGUGAUAGGAAUCGCAGGUUCAGAUGCCAAGGCGAAAUGGCUGGUGGAUGAGCUGGGAUUCGAUCACAGUAUCAAUUACAAAACACAAAACGUCCAUGAAGAAUUGUCGAAGAUGGCUCCAAAAGGGGUUGACUGCUAUUAUGACAAUGUUGGAGGAGAGAUAAGUGAUACCGUACUGAAACAUAUGAAUGUAUUUGGAAGAAUUGUAGCAUGUGGAGCAAUCUCCCAAUAUAACAAUAUUAAUACCAUUUUUGGAUACAACCAAACCACCAUUGUAUUCUCGCAAUUGACUAUAUAUGGAUUCGUAGUCAACAGAUGGUUGGACAGAUGGUUGGAAGGAAUAGUCCAAAUGGCGGAAUGGGUGAAACAAGGGAAAGUGAAGUACCAAGAAACAUUAACCGAUGGAUUCGAUAAUAUGGUCGAUGCCUUCGUCAAUAUGUUAACUGGUGGCAACGUUGGAAAAGCUGUCGUCAAAGUGUAACAUCAUCUAUGAGAAAAGGCGAUUCGAAUAGAAGAACUUUCCGAUAUUUAUAUGAGUUGAUAUAUAAAGAAUUGAAUAUUG